GAAGACUAUGAUGAGCAGCUCUGCAGCGAUGCUCAGUUUCUGUGCUCUCAUCAGAGGAUGGACACUGAACUGGUCGACAGAUUGGUGCUGCAGCUCAACAGGAUCUACCCCCAGAUACUCAGUGACAACGAAGCCUGCAAGUUCAGAAGCCUGAGUGUCCCUACUGAGGUGAGGCUACGUGAGCUGCUGAUGUUCCUCCACGGGAAAGGUGACGAAGCAUGUUUCGAGUUCUACAGAGCACUGCACAUUCAUGCUGAGGACAUUUACUUCAGCUUGCCCACUAGAACCAGAAAGAGAGAGAUGCCGGACUCAAGAGGUUCGAUUAAUAAGGCUGUCAUCCCAGAGCGAUAUGUGCUUAAUAACAGAGGACCGAUGUUCUUCCUGAGCUGUUUUAGCUUGGCGGUUGGCAUUGCAUUUCUCUAUUAUUAUGGAGAAUCUCAGAGACACAAGUGCACAGAAGCAAUGCUUUACUGCUCUAUGAUAAGAUUUAGUAAAGAUGCCAAGGACGUUUUUGUUUCCUACGUGGAGGUCGGAAAGUUGAAAUAAGGAGGAUGGGAAGCUUCAGAGGACAAACCUUUGCUCACUUUCCCUCGCUGUGCCAAACCAGUGUUCAUCCAUGGGGAACUGUAUCAUUUCUGCUUGGGUUCUUUGUGAAAAAGAAAUGCGAUCAAAACAAUAUUUUAAAACUUCAAACUACACCACAUUUGACUGAAAAGCAAACCUAUGAAUUAAAAGCAGAUGUAGCAUUUAUGGGUUAGAUGGCUAUGCUGUUUGUGUGAUGUAAAAUGCUGAUAACAAUGACUGUUGUUCACAUCAGGCUACAUAAUGUUUUUUUUUUUUUAUCUUUCUCAUUUGUCAUAAAUAUCUCUGUUCUGCUAGUUGCCCAUGUGCAGCCGAGCUUUGCUGUUAUGGUGCUACUAUCUGUUUAUUGUAGGAACAGUUUUCAGAGAGACAUUUUGCAUGUAUUAGAGAUGUAGCAAUCAUAUAGCCAGAGAAGUCAUUUGGCCAAUGUUUUACUUAAGGGAGAAGGAGUUGAUGAUCAGUGGGUUAAACACCUAAAGUAGGAGAAGUCAGUUUUUUUUUUAUCCCCUGAUAAUUUUUCUGUUGUAUUUAAAGACAAUCUUUUUUUCUUUCAUUGACCCAGAAUCACAAUCAGAUAAAAAUGUUAUCUGGUAAAUAUCUUAGGUGUACACACAUAGCUGUUAAAUGUCAAACCGAUUAGUGUGAAGUUGUACUGCUAUAAAAAACUGCUUCCAGUUAUAUAGUGCCAAACUCCAGUUCUCAUAAGAGGGGGCUCUUAUGUUAUCUCCUCAAAAUGCCAAAGAUCAUCUGAACGGUGCAGUGCACCCACUAGACUGGAGUUUAAACACCUUAACUUAGAAUUAGACUACAGGAGCUUUCUUUCAGUAGCCAAUAUUUCCAUCUAACAUGCCCUAUAACACAUGUUCUUAAAUGCACAGUACCUAAAAUUUAUUUACAGCAUCAUACAUUUGUGGUAUUGAACAAAUAUAUAGACACUUAACCUCCGAUUGCACCUUGCGCCCCACGAUGGAAGCCCACUGCUCCCUAAGGGUAUGGUUUGAAUGCAAAGGUAAAUUUCUCCAAUAUGAGAUAAAUAAAGUUCAAUUAUUAUUAUUUUUAUGAACUUUACUACUGUGGACGCUUGAAGCUGACUGCUGUGGUUAAGGAAGUUGGUUAUAUUUCUCUUUACACCAGAGGGCGCUGUUUUUCAUUCAAAACAAAACGGCC